CAAGGGUCUUGAGAUACCUAGUUUGGCACUUAUAUUAUAUUGCGAGUCAGUAACUUCCACAAGCCAGCAACUACAAAAGGGCGGUGGAUUCCAAGUUUGUUUUCAGCUUCGAGGCCGAAUAAAACAGUUAAUCUAUCACACUCUAUACUGAUCUUUUCUGACCAUGGGAACCACCUGGUCCCAGUUCUUCCCUCCUAAACCCACCCUGACUGAGAACAACCUACCCAGUCAACGGGGCAAAGUCUUCAUCGUCACAGGAGGCUAUUCGGGCGUCGGACUGGAGCUGUGCAAAUUGCUCUAUCAGGCGGGUGGAAAGGUCUAUCUUGCAGGACGCUCUGAAGAGAAAGCGCGAAACGCAAUCGCUACGAUCGAGGCUCUGCCCGGUAAUGCAGGCGGAGAAGUUAUCUUCCUGCCACUGUCCCUCGAUGACCUGACGACCAUCAAGCCAGCAGUGGAAAAGUUCACAGCAGCCGAAUCACGACUUGAUGUCUUGUUCAACAACGCUGGCGUCUCUAAUCCGCCGAGAGGCUCUAUCUCCCCACAAGGCCACGAGCUACAGAUGGCAACGAACUGUCUGGGUCCGCACCUUCUAACCCAAUUAUUACUCCCGAUCCUUCAACAGACAGCACAGGAAGCACCAUCUGCUAGUGUUCGCGUUAUCUGGACAUCCUCGAUCGUCGUCGAUCUCACCACGCCGCGAGACGUACCCUCGUUUCUGGAUGAAGUCGAGCACCCACCACCCGACCAGCAGCGGAGUUAUCUCAAUACCAAGCUGGGAAAUUGGUUUCUGGCUCACGAGCUAGCAGUCCAAGCCGGCAGCUCAGAUCGCGGUAUCCUAAGCCUGGUGCAGAAUCCAGGGAAUUUAAAGACUAAUCUAAUCCGUCAUUUCCCUGCCAUUCUCCCUUUGGUUGUGGCGCCGCUGCUGCAUCAUGCUCGGUAUGGUGCGUAUACUGCCCUCUGGGCAGGAUUAUCGAAUGAGCUGACCUUGGAGGAUGGUGGGAAGUAUGUCCUGCCGUGGGGACGAUUGCAUCCAAGUCCGCGGGGAGACCUGCUAGGAGCGAUGAAGACGAAGGAAGAGGGGGGGUCUGGAGUAGCGGAUGGAUUUGUGAGGUAUUGUAAUAAGUAUAUUAUGGAUUAUAUGUAGAAUAUUCCUCCAUUAGGUAGGUAGUUAGUUACAUGGGUGGUCUUGUGGUCAGAUGAUUUCAGAAUAUUCUCCUUAAUGAUAAUAAUAUAAUACAAUCUACAGUUAUUCGAAG